AUGUCAUCGCUUCAGUCGGUUCCUACUACCCUCAUUGUUCUCGUCUUCUUCUUCUUCUUCUGUAGCUUAGCUUUAUCAUCACAUGGAAGUUCACAAGCUGUAACAGAAGAUGCCACAGUCGUUGGAUACGGCUACGUCGUUUCAUCAGUGGACGUUGACUCCAACCAGAAUGUUUUGACGGCCAAGCUUGAUCUGAUUAAACCGUCCUCCGUUUACGCUCCAGAUGUUCAAACGCUUAACCUUCAUGUUAGCUUGGAGACAAGUGAGCGUUUGAGAAUCAGACUCACAGAUUCUAGUCAACCAAGAUGGGAGAUACCGGAAACCGUCAUUCCUCGCGCCGGGGACAACUCUCCUCGCCAUUCUAGUCAACCAAGAUGGGAGAUACCGGAAACCGUCAUUCCUCGCGCCGGGGACAACUCUCCUCGCCGUCGUUUCUUAUCGGAAGAGGACGGUGGAAUCUCGUCGGAGAAAAACGUCCUGGAAAAUCAAUCAUCGGACUUGGUUUUCACCCUCCACAACACGACGCCGUUCGGUUUCUCCGUCUCCCGACGAUCCUCCGGCGAUGUCCUCUUCGACACAUCACCGGAUCCAUCAAAUCCAAACACCUUCUUCCUCUUCAAAGACCAAUUCCUCCAACUAUCUUCCUCGCUACCGGCGAACCGAUCGAAUCUGUACGGUCUCGGAGAGCACACGAAGCGGUCGUUCAAGCUAAUUCCCGGCGACACCAAGACUAUGUGGAACGCCGACAUCGGCAGUGAGAAUCCGAAUGUUAACCUCUACGGAUCUCACCCGUUCUACAUGGAUGUAAGAGGAUCAAACGGCCACGGCGAAGCAGGGACGACUCACGGCGUCCUCUUGCUCAACAGCAACGGAAUGGACGUGAAAUACGAAGGAAGCAAAAUUACUUACAAUGUGAUCGGUGGCGUCAUCGAUCUCUAUGUCUUCGCCGGACCGUCGCCGGAGAUGGUGAUGAAUCAGUAUACAGAAUUCAUCGGAAGACCAGCCCCUAUGCCUUACUGGUCAUUUGGAUUUCACCAGUGUAGGUAUGGAUACAACAAUGUAUCAGACCUCGAAUUUGUAGUUGAUGGAUAUGAAAAAGCUAAAAUACCACUUGAGGUUAUGUGGACGGACAUUGAUUACAUGAAGGGCUAUAAAGACUUCACUUUGGAUCCGGUGAAUUUCCCGGAGGAGAAGAUGAAAUCAUUCGUGGAUAAACUUCACAAGAGCGGUCAGAAAUACGUGCUGAUCUUAGAUCCUGGUAUUGCUGUGGAUAGCUCUUACGGGACAUAUAACAGAGGAAUGAAAGCGGAUGUGUUCAUAAAACGAAACGGUGAGCCUUAUCUCGGCGAGGUCUGGCCUGGAAAAGUAUACUACCCUGACUUCUUGAAUCCAGCUGCUGCAACUUACUGGAGCGAUGAAAUCAAGAUGUUCCAGGAAACUCUCCCAUUGGAUGGUGUGUGGCUUGACAUGAACGAGUUAUCGAACUUCAUUACUUCACCUGUGUCACCUGGAUCUUCGCUCGAUGAUCCUCCUUACAAGAUCAACAAUUUAGGGAGAAAAGCGCCGAUAAACUUUAAGACGGUACCCGCAACAGCUACACAUUUCGGAAACGUUAGUGAGUACGAUGCGCAUAACUUGUAUGGACUCUUGGAAGCUAAAGCCACUCACCAGGCUAUAGUGGAUAUAACGGGAAAGAGGCCGUUUCUUUUGUCAAGAUCCACGUUUGUGAGCUCUGGGAAGUACACGGCUCACUGGACCGGCGAUAACGCUGCGAAAUGGGAGGAUUUGGCUUACUCGAUCCCUGGGAUUCUCAACUUUGGGCUGUUUGGGAUUCCAAUGGUUGGAGCUGAUAUCUGUGGCUUCGCAUAUGAUACCACUGAGGAGUUAUGUCGUCGAUGGAUUCAGCUUGGAGCUUUUUACCCUUUUGCAAGAGACCAUUCGUCCAAAGGCACUGCUAGACAAGAACUAUACCUCUGGGAUUCGGUUGCUUCUUCUGCAAGAAAGGUUCUCGGCCUCCGUAUGAGACUGCUCCCGCAUCUCUACACUUUGAUGUAUAAUGCGCACGUUAGUGGCGUACCGAUCGCGAGACCGCUCUUCUUCUCUUUCCCUCGAGACGCUAAAACCUAUGAUAUCGGUUCACAGUUCUUGAUCGGUAAAAGCAUUAUGGUAUCUCCAGCGCUGGAGAAAGGCUCGGUGGCCGUCGAUGCUUAUUUCCCCGCCGGAAACUGGUUCGACAUGUUUAACUAUUCGUUUGCUGUCGGUGGAAAUUCCGGCAAGAAAGUCAGGCUUGAUACUCCCGCCGAUCACGUCAACGUUCAUGUUCGAGAAGGAAGCAUUGUGGCUAUGCAAGGAGAAGCAAUGACAACCAGAGAAGCCAGAACGACACCGUUUGAGAUUCUAGUUGUAGCCAGCAAGCUUGAGAACAUCUCAGGCGAGCUGUUUCUAGACGACGGUGAAAACGUAAGGAUGGGAGAGGAAGGAGGGAACCGUGACUGGAGCCUCGUGAAGUUCACGUGCUAUGUGACCGAAAACAAAUCAGCGGUGCUGAGAUCGGAAGUGGUGAAUCCAGAGUAUGCGUCGAGAAUGAAAUGGAGCAUCGGGAAAGUGACGUUUGUUGGGUUCGAGAACGUGGAGAGUGUGAAAUCGUACGAGGUUAAGACAAGUGGGAGACUAAGGAGUCCGACAAUCUCUCUUAUCAAGACGGUCUUGGACGAUGAUGAUAAUCCCAAGUUUAUGAGCGUGGAGGUCUCUAGACUCUCGUUGCUUCUUGGGAAGAAGUUCGAGAUGCGACUGAAGUUGACUUAA